AUGCUUGAUAACCAGAAAACUGCCAGCAAGUCCGAUUCAAUGUUUAAUGAUCAGGAAAUUGUUAGUGAGUUCGAUUUAAUGUUUAAUGACCAGGGAACUGUCAAAGACCAGGAAACUGUCAAAGACCAGGAAACUGUCAGAGAGUCUGAAUCAAUAUCUGAUAAUAAGUCUGAUGACCAAGAGACUAAUAAUGAGUGCAUCCCAAUGUUCGAUAAUCAUGAUAUUGCUAAUAAGUCUAUCUCAAUCUUGAAUAAAGAUAAUACUGAUGAGUUUGACCAAAUAUUUGAAAGAGGUAUACUAAAAAAUUAUGAAGAAACUGAUAAUGAAUUCUGGAGUGAUGAUAAAAAAAAUUAUACAAAAUUUUUUUCAACUUCUGUUGCACAAGUCAGAGGUCAAACAUAUUUGUUUAAGUAUCGACUAAUAAUUUCAGCUGUUAGAAAAAUUCUCCAGGAUCAAGAAAUCGCGAUGAACUGUGUUUUUGAUUAUCAGGAGAUUUAUGUAUUAAAUAAGGCAUGUAAAGUUUAUAGAAGUAAUGAAUAUAGAAAUCUUAAUGGAUUGAGCACUGAAACAUAUGAAGUACUUCACAAGCAAUACAUUAAAACUCCAUAUAAAAUGUCUAACAAAUGCAAUAUUGACAUCCAGAUUUUACAAAAGCGGUUUUUAAAGUCACUUAUCGAAAUAUAUAUGCAUGAUGAAGAACAUACUUCUGAAAUUCUUGAGGGUUUAUGCCAUCUCAUCUCCACAAUAAAUGACUAUUUUGAUUUUAUGUCUGUAUCUGAAGAAGAUAUAAAUAAAUCAGAACUAGUCUUUAUUUUAUACGAAUCUUUUGCAUUGUCCAACAAAGAACAA